AUGUCUUGCCAUCAAACUGAAAAUGUCAUAAAGAAAAUCAUUCGUGAAAUAGGACAAGAGUGUGCCAGUAAAGGACAAACUGUUUCUGAAACCUUGGUAGCUUUCCUGGUGAAAGCUGUUGUUCUAGAUCCAAGAAAUGACUUUAAUGUGGAUCGAAUCCUUACAAAACAAGAUGUGCAAAAUCUUAUCCAGCUCUGUGUUACUAGACUGCUUGACAUAACAAACCCAUCUCUGGACACGAUUAAGAUGCAAGUUUACUUUGAUAUGAAUUACACAAACCGCGCUGAAUUACUCAGCGAGCAACAUCGUGUUCUGGAGGGAAGGCUGGCCCCUGUGGUCAGAGAUAUCACGGAUAGUCGUCCUCGUACAAAAGAAGAAAUGGAGAAUGUGUAUCGAACAAUUGUUAGCUAUGUGCUGCUGUGCUCUGGCCUUGGAUCCCCAACAGAUAUUGAAGUUGUCAGGGAGGUAACAGCUGCCUUGCAGAGUGUAUUCCCUCAGACAGAGCUGGCUACUUUCAUCUCACUCAGUAAGAAGAACAAAGAGCAACAGCUGAAAACUCUUACCAUGCUUGUCACAGGGAUUCGGUUGUACAACAAGGAACGGGGGAAGGGAGGAAACAGCAUUGAUGACUUGCCAGCCAUUCUGAAUGAAGCUAUUCCGUCAGCUACACGGGCUCUUGAUGAAUGUCUUAAUACUUGCCAUAUGCUAGCCCCCUGUUUCACAGCUCUGUUGGAGUCAAUGCAUGAAGACCAUUGUAGAUAUAUGCAGCUUAGUUCUUUUAAAUUAAAAGAAGCACUGUUCAAUGUGAGACAAUACGAAGCUUUCCUUUGCAUCCUCCUGUCUGAGGUAAUUACAAGUGCUCGAGAAGUUGAAGCGACAAACACACAGUUUGCAGCAACAAUGGAGCAAUUAAAAAGCACUGUUCAGAAUAAGGUUUCUGUGGGUACCACCGAAGUUUUUCCUCUCUUUGUUGCACUUUCGAACCUAUGGACCAGCUAUCAGGAUGAGAUACUGCUGCUAAGUUUGCUCACGAAUAUGACUAAUAAUCUGCAGCAGUUCUUGGAAACCCAAUCACAGCUUUUUCCUGAGGAAGUGCUAACAUCUCUUCUCGAAGGAGUGACUGUGAAAAGUGAUGAGGAAAGGAUAAGAGAAACCAUGGGAACCAGAGUAAAUGUUUCUGAUUUCAAGAACCAAGAAUGGCUUUUUCCAGAGACUACCACUAAUUUUGACCAGUUGCCAAUCCAGUACCAUGGUUUCUGUGCUUAUGCAGUUGGUGAGAAGGGCCUCAUUCUUCCAGGAAACCCUGCUAUUGGAAUUUUAAAGCACAAAGACAGAUGUUACGUUUUCAGUUCCAAAGAAUCUGCAUACAUUUUUGCUCAGAAUCCAGAUAAAUUUAUUCAAUUGAAUACAGAAAAAGCAAAAGAACAUGCAGAGCUAAUUCAGCUCCUCGAACUUCAUCAUCAGUUUGAAUACCUUGCUCCAUACGCACAGGCCAGAAAUAGAGAAGAAUGUUUGAUGAGACCAAUCACAAAAUGUGACAGUAGUACUCAAACUGAUACUCAUAUUUUGCCCCCAACUAUUGUGGCAUCCUAUGAAUGGAAUGAGUGGGAAUUGAGAAGAAAAGCUAUAAAACUGGCCAAUUUGCAUCGCAAAUUAACUCAUGCCAUGCAGACUAAUCUCAGCCAUAUGAGAAGAGAGAACUCUACCCAAGUGUACUUGCCAAAAGAUGUUGGCACCCAGACUAAGCGUGAGAACUCAAGCAAUGUACCCAGACCACAGAUUUUCUUGGAAGGUCUCCGAGGUGGAUCAUCUCCUACAGCUCAUAUGGUCAAAGUAGAUUUAACAAGAGCAGUAGAUGAAACAUAG